GGAAGAAAGGCAGAUUGAGUGUCAAUGGACAGCGUAGGUAGAUUGCCGAACAAAUUGUGCAGAUAAACCCAGCACAGAAGAACAUUUGGGAUAGAGAUGGAAAGAGAGAUUACCACAUUAGGAUAUUGAAGUACAGUAGAGUAGGAUAGUGUUGUGACUGAAGGGGCAACAGGCGAUUGUGAUAGCCAGGACAGAGCAGCCAACCCUGGGAAGAUGCUGUGAGGACUCAGGACUAGAGCCAAGUAAUGGAGGUUGAGACAGCCAGCAGGCAGACACGAUUGGUCAGAAUGGAGGACCAGGACAGAAUGAGCCAUGCCUCAAGUGUGGUCACAAUCUCCUCUUUUCCUGUCAGAAGCCAGGACGGCGAUGACAGGGUGCAAACGUUUGGGAAGAGAUGUAGGGCGGCGAAGAGAGACCCCAACUGCCCCGUGGUGAUAAGAGGUUGGCUCAAUAAGAAGGACAGCUCUGGGCUGAAACUGUGGAAGAGAAGAUGGUUUGUCCUCUCUAACUACUGUUUAUUCUACUACAAAGACAGCAGAGAAGAAUCUGUUCUGGGUAGCAUCCCACUACCCAGCUACAACAUUCUCUUCUGCACACCGCGAGAAUGCAAGAACAGAAAAAACACUUUCAAAGUGGUGCACCAGGGAAUGCGCUCCUACUUCUUCAGUGCAGACACUCAGGAGGACAUGCUGGGCUGGGUCAGAGCACUCAGUCAGUCCGCCUGUAUGGAAGCAGACAGCUCCAUCAACAGGCGUUGCUCGAGUUAUCAGGACUUCACGCAGAUAGGUGGCAGCAGUGAGUCUGUGGAUCUCCCUCAUUCCCCCUCUCUCAGUGGUCCCCGUAAUGCUGCGCACACCAACACAUCACAGAGGAAUCAAAGUCAGGUCGCCAGGGGGGGAAUGGGGGCACCCCAUUCGGAGCCAAGAGGGAGGCGGAGCGUGCGGCGAAGCCCAUCGCCGAGAACACCCAGUCCAACAGAAUUUAGCAGCAGAAGGAGAAACCGGACAGAUGAGGAUUCCCUCCCCUUCCAUUCUGGUCCUAACACACCACCCAAGCCCACAGAAUUCAUGGGGACAGGUUCUUUGACCCCCAGAGGUCAAUUGGGAUCGCGACCCCACACACCAGUCGGGCGGGUUGACAUUCGACCCCAGGAGGAUCCUCCCAUGACGCCACAGACCCUGUGUUACACCCCUGCGUCUCCCAAGAUGGAGUUUAAAUCCGCCCCCCACACUCCAGGGACUGACAGAUGGCACACAAUCAACAGGCCCACGCCUGUAUAUUCCUCCCUCCACCAUACUCCAAGUGGACGAAGAGCUUUCGGGAAGAGCUACUCCACAGGGGGGGAAACAGACUUAUUGCCCCCUUUGCCCCCAUCUUCAAGAGUUCCCCAUGCUCCUCACCCCCCACACCACCACCAUCACCACCACCAUCACCAUCGCAGCCAUAUGUCUGUCUGUCUGCUACCGCCACCUAUGUCGUCCAAGUCCGAGCUGUUCAAAGAGAAAGAGACGCCGCCACCCGUCAGGCCUCUUGAGAGUGAAACAGACGCUGUGCUGACUAGACUGUGUGGGUGUGACAAGCUUCUCCAGUCUCUCUCUCUAGAGCUGGCCCAUCUACAAGUUGACAAGGACAGUGUCCAGUGCGCCUUAGAGAUGACCAGGCUGCAACUGGACGAGUGGAGGAACCAAGGACUCCGAGGACAGGAAGGAGCACUCACCCAGAAGGCUUUGCUCCAGGAAGAACUGGUCACUAUCCGAGCAAGGAUGUGCGACGUCUCAUUGGAAAUGGAUAGAGUGUGGAGCCAGUAUGAGAGGAUGGAGAGCGAGCUGUCUGUGUUCCGAUCACACCUGCAGCACGUCUGUAAUUUCGGGAUGCCACAAGAGCAGUCCCAGGCCCAGAGAGAGCUGUGGAUGAUGGACGACAUCCUCUCUGGACUCAGGGUCAACAGGGAUAACUUCCGGGUCCUGCUGGGCUUCCAGAGGCACACAGUUCCCAUAGGAGUAUUCCAGAAGUCAUCCUCCCACCCGGGGACUCCUGGAUCUCCAACAGAGAGAAGUGGACUGCCAACGGGGGUGGAAUCAGAGCCUCCGGCCCGCCCCCCUUUACCCCAGGAGCUCCAAGACACCAAUCAGGGAAGAGACCAGGGGCAUGUGUGGAUGAAUCCGAACUACGAGGGCAUUUACAGUGGCCCAGGAGAUCCAUUGGACAGAAGAGGAAACAGCCAAUCUGAUCUCCAUGGUGACAGGACACAGAGAGAGACAUCAGAAUCUCAGUCUAGUUCAAGAUGGUCCACACCAGACAUUACAAAUAAAAAGGGAAGGAUGAGUGAAGAGGAGCAGAUUGAGAGGAUGAGGAGACAUCAGGAAAGGGUAGCCAGUCGGAGGAAACCGCCUAUGUCCGGUCCCACCAGCCAAACCCAGUAUCAAAGUUCAGAACCGAAAGAAGAGGCCCCCUUUCCUCUGAGGGUGACUAGAGUCCUCACAGCCGUCUUGCCGUCCUCUCUGGUUGCCCGACGCGUUUCUGUCGAGGACCCCCCUCCCGAGUUGGCCACUCCGCUGCCUGAGCAGAUUCCUCCAGGAAGAUUGACAGAGCAAAGCAAGCAAAUACCCCAGAAAGCACCUAGAAGGCAGUUAUUUGAGAUGCCUGAUAAAAAUUCCAAUUGGUCCCAGGCAGAGAUGAGAGAGAUGAGCCAGGAGCAGCCACCGGCCAAACGGUUGGCUAGGGCUCUACAGGAGCUAGCUUCAGCGAGGCAAGAGCAGAACUCCUAUGGGCUCAAUGCAACUAGGGCCCAGCAGAGCCACAAUGUCACCACCAGAUCCUCCAGAGAGGACCCCUGGAAAGAGGCAUCCAACACAGAGUCUGCUAUGGAGGCCCUGAGGCCCCAGCAGGGUCAAGACUGGGCCGUUGUGGGCAAUGGGGGUGUGGCCUCUAAUGGAGGCGGGGCAUCUGAUCCCAGGGUAAGAAAGGAGGAUAGGGGUCAUGACACUACAAGAGAAGUGUUGGGAGGAUGUGAGAGGGAGGAAGAGAAGGUUGAGGGACACGCCACUCUCAUAACAUCUGCCCCGGACCCUGACCUCACCCCUGAGCAGAGAGAGGCCAAACUGAGACGUGUGGAGAGGAUCAGGGAGAGAGUCAUCCGGAGUGCAGUCAGAGAGAGUGCCGUGGUGCCCGGACAUCCACUGACCAGGAUGGAGAGACAGGAGCUCCACAACACCCCUUCUACACAGAAGACCUAUGACAAGGCCAGAAAGAGCCGGGAGAUGCCAGUUUCUGGGCCUUAUGAGGAUGUCUGCGGAGGCUGGUGUCAUAGUGACGGGAGGGCUCUACAUAGUAACAGGACGGUAGAACCUCCGACCCCUGGAGAGAAACCUCUUUAUGAAGAUGAGGGGAAGGGGCACAUUAAAGGUCAUGAGGGUCAUAUUGGGAACAAAACACUGCACAAAGGUCACGGUGACAGAAAGGGUAUCAUGAAAUGUAAAAAAGAAAAGGAACCAUCCACUUCCUCCAAUAAGAUCUCCUCGAUGACUGUAUACCAAACUGAUGGAGGCCUGCAAUUCAAGAGGUGUGAAGACAAAGAACAGGAAGAAGACCAAAAGGAACUCUCAUCCUAUCACGUUGAAAGCAGUUCUCUGUCCACCAAUCUGAAAGCAGAAUGGUUCCUCUCAACCAAUCAGUGGCGAGAGUUCAUACCUUUACGAGACCACGGAAUAGAGUCAUUGUGCCAAAAGGAAACCUUGAAUGUGGACAAUGAUCCAACAUCUCAUGAUGCAGGAACUGAUUCCAAUGGUGACACAUUUUCUGUAAGUGAAAGUUUAGAGAAAAUGUUGGAAAAUCAUUCACUCUUCUAUAAAAUCACAAGUGACAUCAAUCUGUCAGACACGGACAUUACAAUGACUGAUGGACAAUCAGUAUCCAAUCAGGGAGAAGAGAUUGAGGGGGCAACCAAUGACAUUUCAACAGCAGAUGAAGUGACCUAUAGGGUGGUAAGACCAACAGACCAACAAAUCGAAGGUUGCCACCAUUCAGAAUCGUCCACAAGUCAUGGUAUAGCCACAGACGAUAGUGGAGACAUCACUACAACCAAUGAGCAGCAAGAUUUAACAUCUAAGGACCGGAACGCACCACUAUCUGCUAAUCAAACAUUGUGCGUCUCAUCCAAACCAGGACAUGACCAAUGCAUCUAUGAAGAGAUAUCGGACAAUGACGCUUUGCCCAAAGCAACAGAGGAACCAACUCAGGAGAGUCAAGGGAAAAUCAUGCAAAGUCAGGAAUGGAGGAGACCUAAUCCCGAAUCGUGGAAUCAUCCUGAAUCAGAACAGGUCCACUUUAUGCAUAUGUGUGGAAGGGCAGAAACAGGACAAGAGAAUUGUGGAACAGUAGAUAUGAAGGUAGAACAGGAGGGAACUGGAGAGUUGAAGGUGGCCAAUAGCAGUGUAAGUGGAGAGAGAAACCACGCGGUCCAAAAUAGACGGAGCCCAUCCAAAACCAACUCGCUAGGCCUGUACGAGGAGGAAAGGGCGGAUCGAAGUGCCUCAUUUGGAAGAGGCAGAGUAACAGUACUGCGGACAAGUUUAUAGAGGGACUACAAAAAUGGAGGAUGACAAGGAAGAUGUAGUACAAUAGAGACUGGAGUGAGCUAGAUGGGGGGGGGGGGGGGGGUGAAAGUGAUAGAGAGACAUAGUGUAUUGAGGAGAAGAGAAGAGAGAUAUCUGGGAAAGGAGAAUGAUGAUGAUGUUUCCCAAUGAAAACAGUAUAACAUCUAAAGUUACGUUAAAGGUUAUGUCCGGGAAAGGUGUGUGAUCAGAAAAGAAAUCGAUAAUCAGGAUAUGCUACCAACAGAAAAUGGAAUUCACCACAAGACCUGCAUGUGCGUAUAUACUGUGAUCAUAUGCCGUAUGAAUACAAUGUAGGGUACAGUACUAGCAAUAAACGCAUGCACAGUAUAUGUCAAACGGCCGAGGUUACACAAUUAUUCCACCCGGUUUACAUAUCUAACACUGAGCAAAUACACCCCUAUGUAUCACAGUUGGAUGGUUGUUCAUUGUUCACCAAUAACACGUAUUAUUGUUCUCACUAUAUAACAUGAAUUGUGCUCGCGUUUUGUAUCUCAAAUGUCCUAAUUAAUAAACAUAUGUCCGGCAUUACCAUAUGUUGCACUAAGGCUGUGUUAUUCUAACAUUUACGAAUAUAUAUGACAUAUUUCCUCUCGUUUCAUCAAUAGCGCUUUCUUUCCUCAACACUGGUCCUUUAGACUGCUACUCCUCUGAUUAACUCUUCUCUGACCAGGCAGAACGCAGAAUGGAACUGGGUUUUUAAUAAUGCCUUUGUCACUUUAAAUCCUUGCUGUGUCUCAGUCGAUGACAUCAUUGUCUGAGAACACAUUACAUCACCUCUUGCCGGGCUUCCUCGCUCUUAAAGACAGCCCUACCUUCUGUUUUCCCGACUCAACCCGGCUCAUCUGUUUACCUGAGAUAUGCUAUCAAUGUCUUCAUAAACCUAUAUAUCAAACAAUGUCUUGUUUGUUUAUCUAUUUUACAGGAACAUGCAAUGAAAUUGAACAUAGGCUAGUAUACUGUAUAUACAUGGUAUAUGGUUCUACUCACACGUCAACAUAUCCAUAAAACAACAUGGUAACUAAAUGUACAAACUGCUCACUUGACGUAAUAAACAUAUAAUAGCAUUCUU